CUUGAAUACCGGAAAAUGCGUGUGCCGUGCCGGGAGGUUUCGUGCGAGGGCUGUGCUGCGAUGGGCCGCCGGAGAGCGCCAGGUCCCGAGACCCUCGGCCGGACUCUUAUCCGCCAGAAGACUCAGCGGAGCCGUAACCAUCGUCACAGCGACUCCUGGUUGCACACAAGUGAGCUCAAUGAUGGCUAUGAUUGGGGUCGUCUUAAUCUUCAGUCAGUGACCGAACAGAGCUCCCUCGAUGACUUCCUUGCAACUGCAGAACUUGCAGGAACAGAGUUCGUAGCUGAGAAGCUUAAUCUCAAGUUUGUGCUUCCUGAGGCUAGAACUGGACUGCUGUCUUUUGAGGAGAGCCAGAGAAUUAAGAAACUCCAGGAAGAAAACAAACAGUUCUUGAGUGUACCACGGAGACCAAAGUGGGACAAAAACACUAGUCCAGAAGAACUCAAACAGGCAGAGAAAGAUAACUUUCUAGAAUGGAGACGUCAGCUUGUCCGGCUAGAAGAGGAACAAAAAUUGCUGUUAACUCCAUUUGAAAGAAAUUUGGACUUUUGGCGCCAGCUCUGGAGGGUGAUUGAGAGAAGUGAUAUUGUGGUCCAGAUAGUAGAUGCUCGAAACCCACUCCUGUUUAGAUGUGAGGAUUUGGAAUGUUAUGUGAAAGAAAUAGAUGAUAAUAAGGAAAACGUCAUUCUGAUAAAUAAGGCAGAUUUGUUGACUGCUGAGCAGCGGAGUGCCUGGGCCACGUACUUUGAAAAAGAAAAUGUGAAGAUUAUCUUCUGGUCAGCUUUGGCUGAAGCUAUUCAGCUGAUUGGUGACACUAAGGAACGGGGGAACGGAGAUGCUGGAGAAGCCAGCGCAGCCGAGUCUGAAAAGUCCAGCUGUGGUGAGGCUGCGGUCCCGUUCAGUGAGCCCGGAAGGCUCCCGGAUGGCAGCUCCCUCGCGCUUAGUGACGUUGCCUCUCGCGACGAAGACUCCAGUGAGUACGAGGACUGCCCGGAGGAGGAGGAGGAAGUUUGGCAGACAUGUUCGGAAGAAGACAGCAACCCUGGCGAAGAGGCGUGUGGCCCGGACUGGCCAGGAAGCUGCACUGCGGAUUCUGAGGCUCAGGGAUGUGAUGUGGUGCCGAAGGAGUGCACACACAAUGUUAGCCACCUGGUAUCGAGGCGGGAAUUGUUGGAGAUCUUAAAGCAGCUGCACACAGGGAAGAAGGUGAAAGACGGACAACUUACAGUUGGACUGGUGGGCUACCCGAAUGUUGGUAAGAGUUCCACAAUCAACACCAUCAUGGGCGACAAGAAGGUGUCUGUGUCUGCCACACCUGGCCACACCAAGCAUUUCCAGACCCUCUAUGUGGAACCUGGCCUCUGCUUAUGUGACUGCCCCGGCCUGGUGAUGCCAUCCUUCGUCUCUACCAAGGCAGAGAUGACUUGCAAUGGAAUCCUCCCAAUUGACCAAAUGAGAGACCACGUCCCCCCUGUGUCACUAGUUUGCCAGAAUAUUCCGAGACAUGUCUUAGAAAGUACAUAUGGCAUUACUAUCAUAAAGCCUAGAGAGGAUGAAGAUCCCCAUCGACCCCCAACAUCAGAAGAACUGUUGACAGCAUAUGGAUACAUGCGAGGAUUCAUGACGGCGCAUGGGCAGCCAGACCAGCCUCGGUCUGCUCGCUACAUCCUGAAGGACUACGUCAGCGGUAAACUUCUCUACUGUCAUCCUCCUCCUGGAAGAGACCCUGUGAUCUUUCAGCAUCAACACCAGCGACUUCUAGAGAACAAAACAAAUGGUGGCGAACUAAAAAUACAUCUGGGCAGAAAUAAAAAAGCAACACAGAUUGAAAAUAUAGUUGAUAAAGCUUUUUUCCAUCAAGAAAAUGUGAGAGCUUUGACCAAAGGAGUCCAGGCCGUGAUGGGUUACAAGCCUGGGAGUGGCCUGGUGAACGCAGCUGCUGUGAGCUCUGAGAACAGGGCUGGGAAGGCCUGGAAAAAACACGGCAACAGAAAUAAAAAAGAGAAAAGUCGUAGACUCUACAAGCACCUGGAUACAUGAACUUGGGCGGCAACAGAAAUGGCAUCUGCAUUGUGCAUCUGGAAUAGAACAGGAGCUGCUCUGGCCUGUGAUGCCGUGGAACAGACCCUGCUCUCGUGGCACGCAGCCCUGCCAAACAGUCCAUUGAGACAGAGGGGCUCCUUGGAGUACCGGCUCUAACACGGUCACCUUGGAGCCCCAGAAACCUUGUCCUGUAGAAGGCUGAACUUAAGAUGAGGGAACAAAUGAUUGUGUGUGUGAACAAAUACACAGAUGCAUACUAAUUUGUAAGUUGGGGUUUUUUUUGAAAAGGUACUAAAAUUAAAUUGCCACUGACAGAUGUUUUAUUGGUGUAUGUGGAUACACUGCCAUUUGGACAUUUCACGUUCUUUAAACGGUCUCAGUUUGCCCAGACAUGACUGGGAUUUUGGAUGGCUUCUUUGCAGAACAGUAUUUUGGUUAAUGAUUCUCAACCUCACACAUACGCAGUACAGCCCUGGCAGGGCAGAAGGCACAUCAGAUCUUGGAAUGGGGGGCUGGUGUGCGUAGUUUUCAAAAGCUUCUGGAGAGUACGACCUACUAUGGGAAAUCACCAUCAGCAUGAGCCCCCACUACGGAAGGAAGCGUGCGGUUUUCUGUGCUAACGACAGGGGUGAGAAAACGAGGAGAUAAUCAGCUAGUUUUUGUUUUAGGCACAGGGAUCCCUGAUCUCCUUGGUACUUAACAACCAUCAAGAAUGACAAGGGUUGCAUUUUAUAGUUUACCUUUCACAGUGCCAUUGUUUGUAAUAAAUACACGAUGGCUGUUUUAGCCUCUCACUUUA